AUGAGUGAGCAAAGCCAAUUAGAUGAUUCGACUAUAGACAAACUGAUUCCACAGAUUUUCAAUGAGAUGAGAUCUAACCUCAAUAACACGACCAAUAAAUUUCCAAAAAGCACAGGAGGUGGAGCAAGCGAUAAUAUUUCGGCUAACAGCAAUUCUAUAAGAUCGUUUAAUUCAAUCACAACGCAAUCCUUACUCAAAGAAUCAGAAUCGUUAGAUAAAAUAACAGCAAUGAUAAAAAAUGUUACGGCCGCAUUAAAAAAUAACUUGCCAGUAUACGUUAAUCAAGUACAUGAGGUAUGUAAAUCUACGAAUUCCAUUUUAGAUUCAUGGAUCAACAUUCAUUCUCAAGCUGGUUAUAUUCAUAAAUUGAUGAGCGAUCAAACCUAUUUAAAGCUAAUUAAUGAUAGACUGCACAAUGAAAAUGUAAACACAAAUGAUGAAGAUGGGAGUACUUUACACAACGUGAUAGCGUUGAAAAAGAAGGAGAUCUUGGAUUUGAGACAAAAAUUAGAAAAUAGGAAGGGUGAAAAGGAUGCUGCACCAGCAAAGCCACCAAAUCAAGGCUUAAAUCCAAGGUACGGUGUGCAAUCUGGUAGAAGGCCCGUUCCUUCGGCAGGAAUUUCAAAUAACGGAAGAGUAAGAAAGACCCAUGUUCCUGCCUCGAAAAGACCUAGUGGUAUACCAAGAGUAACUAACAGGUGGACUAAGCCCACUGCUAGCAGCUCAAGGAAGAUGUUUCGCUAA